UACUAUUUGGGAACAAGGUUCCUUUGUCCACAGGAGCAUUGCCAUUGUCAGAGUGCCACCCUGUUUUUUUUUAUUAUUUAUUUAUUCAUAUCCAUAAACAGGAGAAUAUCAUUCUCAUGGGUAUGUAGCAGCAGCAGCAGCAGAUAGCCUUAUUGAUGAAGAUGGGACGAACCAAGCUUCUGCUUUCAGAUUUCGUUCUGUCUUUCAUGUGGGUAUGGUCCGGUGUUCUCAUUCGGAUAUUCCUCUUCAAAUAUCUUUCCUUCGCUGAUGCACUUCUCGCUGAGCUUCUCAAGACAACCUUAUCCGUCACCAACAUGUUCCUCUUCGCCUUCCUCGUUAAGGUUACACGUGGCGGUGCCUACAACCCCCUCACCGUUUUGGCUGAUGCUAUCUCCGGGGAUUUUAACAACUUCCUUUACUGCGUUGGUGCCAGAAUCCCCACUCAGGUGAUUGGAUCUAUUGUUGGAGUUAAACUUCUUAUUGAUACAAUUCCUGAAGUAGGACAGGGACCACGUCUGAAUGUCGACAUUCAUCAAGGUGCACUGACAGAAGGAUUACUAACAUUUGGAAUUGUUAUCAUUUCACUUGGACUUGCCAUGAAAGUUCGUGAAAAUUUCUUCAUGAAGACUUGGAUCUCCAGCCUCUCCAAGUUAACACUUCAUAUACUUGGCUCUGAUUUCACUGGUGGUUGCAUGAACCCUGCAUCUGUAAUGGGAUGGGCUUAUGCUCGAGGGGAUCACAUAACUAAGGAGCACAUCCUUGUGUACUGGCUUGCACCCAUAGAGGCAACUAUUUUAGCAGUGUGGACAUUCAAAUUUCUAGUCCAGCCUGUUAUAAAAGAUAAAACAGCCUCUAAAAGUAAAUCAGAUUGAAGGAAUUUCAUUUUAUGCUAAAUUUCAUGUUCCAUCUUGCUUUCAAUUAUUUUUUGUACAGUUGGUGGGGUGAAUGUAUGGCAAGCCAAGAACUUGUACAGGUGACUUAGUGUGUUUGGUAAUGCGUUAUCUACGCAUGUUUAGCUUGAUUUCCACGUCAAUAUUAAGAGAAAAUGCAGAAGCUAUAUCGUAUACCUUUCAAGUUAGUAGUUACAUGCGUUUCCUUAUUUUUUUAA